AUGAAAACCUUCUUCCUCGUAUUCUCAUUGCUCGCCGUCGGCCUUGUUCUUGUUCACGGAGCAGAUCAAGACAGUGAGAGAGACAGUUCCGAAGAUGUCGCUAUUAGUGACAAGAAAGACGUGAAGCCAUGGAAGAAACAUGACUUCAAGAAACGCGAGCCAGAAUUCUUGAAAGACAUGACUCAAGACGCCAAGACUGCUUUCUUCGGAAUCAAAUUCAAUCCAGAAUUGACCAAGGCUGAGAAGAAUCAGAAGUUGAAGGAGUGGGCUGAUCAAUAUGAUGUUGAGGAUGAGAUGCAAAAAUUCUUGGACGCGAAGAAAUUAGAUUGUGACAAGAAGAAGCAGGAGCGUAAGGAGAACUACGAACGUCUCGGUGAGCUCAUCGACAAGGCUGAUGACAUUCUUGAUGACCAGUCUAACACAUGGACUGGAGCCAAUGACAAACUCGACGCUUUGAUCAAGGAAGAGAACCGUGAAGUUCAGAAAGCAUUCCAAACCUUCUAUCCAUUUGUUGGAAGAGAUAAUGAAGGACCAAGACAUGGACACGGACAUGGACACAGAUUCCACCAUGGAAAACGAUUUGGAAGAAAUAUUGGACAUGGAGCUGCGCCAAAACAUGGAGGAAUCGGAAGUGGAAUCUCAUACAACGAUCCACCAAGAAUCAAUGAGAACUACAAUGCCUACGGACAGAGAAAUGAACCAUACGGAAACGAGAGACACCACAAGAAGCAUCACCAUAAUAACUAA